AUGAUGACAGCCCACCCGAACGGCCCGGCGUUUUACUUUUACAGCCCGGAUAUGAACCCGGAGAGCCGGCAACACGGCCGCUUCAUCCCGCAACAACACCAACUUCACCAGCACCACCAGCACCACCAGCAGCACCCGGCGAUGCAGCAGAUGUCCAUGCUCCCGGUCGUGGCCCCGCUGCCCUCGACACCCGUCUACUCGCGGCCCGGCUCGUCUUCCUCGCAGCCGCCGCUUCUGCCCAAGGGUUUCGGCAGCGUCCCCAUCCUGCCGUCGACGCUGACGCCCGUGGCAUCCCCGAUGCCCAUUGCCCCCAAGCCGACGAUCGUGCUGGACACGGAGCUGUGCGAGGCCGAGGGGCUCUACUCCCCGUCGACCCCGCCGCUCUCGUCCUCGGGCAGUGCCAUCAGCAGCCCUGGCAGCUGUGACAUGCUGCAGACCCCGCUGAACCCCAUGUUCUCGGGGCUCGAUGGCAAGGAAUCGUGUGGCAUGGACGGCGCGCUCGAGAGCUUCCCCAGCCUCGACUGGUCCGCAUGCGCAUCACCCCCAUUGACGCCUGUGUACCUCCCGGCCCAAGCACAGCUGUCUAAAAUUGCCCCUCUCAACACACAGGCUUGCGACCUCCUCUCUCCCGCAUCCUCGUGCCCCUCUCUCUCCCCUUCACCCUCUCCAUACGCACGCUCCAUCUCGUCGGACGAUUUCUGCGACCCCAGGAAUUUGACUGUGGGCACUGUCAACUCGACUCUCGCGCCUGAAUUUUCUGCGCUGCCGACCCUGUGCCCCGGCGAGGACGAAGACCAAAAGUUUGUGCUCAGGGGUGCGACGCCCGCAAUUUCACCCGAUUCUUCGGCUUUUGAGUUCCACACUCAGCUCUGCAACACCCUCCCUUCUUUUGACGCACUCUCGGACCUCGAUUCUGAGGACGAUUUCGUUAACGGUCUUGUUAACUUGGGCGACUCCACCGAGGUCCACAUCAGCCGAUCACGUGCGAGCUCGGACGCACUCUCACUUGGCGCGUCAAGCUACCUCUGUGGUGAAGAGACGGAGGAUUUCGAAGCGAGCGACGCGUUUGCUACUGACAACCUUCUCAACCUGGCCGACUCAAGCGACAACGACUCCCACAGAACAAAGCGCCAAAAGAAGAGCGACCAGCCUACCAUGAGCACCGCUGCUGAUUCUCAAUCGGGGAGCACCCAGACCCAAUCUCCUCCCAGCAAUGAGGGUAGCACGGGCAAUACCACCGAGGCUAAGAAUGAGUCCGAGUCGAACUCGGGCUCCGAGAAUGCCGGGUCGGCUCCCGUCGCCGCCCCCACCAGCCGUCGAGGACGCAAGCAGUCUCUGACCGAGGAUCCCUCCAAGACAUUCAGAUGCGAGAUCUGCUUCCGCCGGUUCCGCCGUCAGGAGCACCUCAAGCGCCAUUACCGGUCGCUGCACACCCAGGACAAGCCGUUCGAGUGCGGCGACUGCGGUAAGAAGUUCUCCCGCUCUGACAACCUCGCGCAGCAUGCUCGCACUCACGGUGCCGGCGCCAUCGUCAUGAACCUCAUCGACGAUCCCGAUGCUAUGGGCGCGGGUAUGGCUGGUUACCCCCAUUCCUCUAUGGUGGGGGCUCCCAUGACCGAGGAGGAGAUCUCCCACUUUGGCAAGGUUCUCUUCCAGAUCACCUCCGAGAUCCCCGGCAGCGAAAGCGAGUCAUCUUCGAACGAGGGCAGCGACAAUGGCAAGAAGAAGCGCAAGCGGUCCGAGUAA